AUGAUACACAACACAUGGGAACUCCUAACUGAUUUACAGUUAGCAGACCCUAAUAUUUAUAUUCCAGCUCCAAUCGAUAUACUUUUUGGCUCAGAUGUUAAUCCUGAAAUCAUUUUGCUGGAUAUAAUCCAUGAGCAAGAAAUUGCCCCUAUAGCUCAGAACACUAACUUAGGGUAUAUUAUAUUAGGCAAAAUUCCUGAGAUAGCACCGAAAAGCAUAUGUAGCUUCUUUCAACACAUCGAUCUUGAUACGCAAAUCCGAGAAUUUUGGGAGAUGGAACAAACUCCAUUCGUAACUCAACCGUCAGAAGAAGAUGCCGCCUGUGAUAAGUAUUUUUCAAAAACAACAAAACGUCUCCCAGAUGGACGGUAUGAAGUUGGUCUUCCGUUCAAGGAAGGAUUCUAUCCCGAACUCGGACCCAAUAAGGAAAAUGCAGUCAAACGCUUCUCAUCUCUGGAAAGACGAUUGGACAAGGAUCCAAAGCUGAAAGCGAGCUACAGCCAAUGUAUAAUGGAAUAUCUUAGUUUAAACCACAUGGAAGAGGUAAAUCUGGAUGGUCCAAUUUUAAAAUCACCUUUUCAUUACUUUCUACCCCAUCACGCUGUGUUCAAAGAAUCUAGUACAACCACAAAAUUAAGAGUCAUCUUUGACGCAGCUGCAAAAACUUAUGAUGGAACUUCUUUAAACCAACACCUGAUGAUCGGCCCUAAAUUGCAAAUUGAUAUAAUAUUAAAAUGGCGGCUACAUCGAUUCAUCAUAACAGCUGACAUCGAGAAAAUGUACCGCCAAAUUCUCGUAAAAGAUUCGGAUCAAUAUUACCAACUUAUCCUUUGGAGAGACAAUCUUGAUCAACCCAUCAAAGUCUUCAAACUUAAGACUGUCACUGUUGGCACGGCUUGUGCGCCUUAUUUGGCCAUCCGUGUCUUACACCAAGUCGCUGAGGCUGAAGCUGAAAAUUAUCCCAAAGGAUCUAUAGCAGAAAUGGAAAAGAGAUGUAUGUGGACGAUUUUAUCAGUGGAGGGGAUUCCAUCGUAA